GAAGAGGAAGCGGCUAAAAUAAUGAAAGCCCUUAAAUAACUUAGACAACACUGAAACUCGCUAGUGUACAGAGAACGCAGAAAUAUCAAAAAUGUAAUAAGUUCGUGAAAAUGUCAUCGAAACGCCCAUUAAAAGCACAUAUUGCUCCCCCAGGAGACUUUAUUGCCCUUGGCAAACACAACAAGCCAGGAAGCUCAGAUGCAGAUUCUGCAAAAGUCCCAACACCUAAAAAACUUGGUGUCCCCUCUGGAAAGAGGGACGCAUCAGGCUUAGGAGGAUCAGGCCUAGUUAAGAAACCAAAACUUAUUGGGCAGACAUUUACACCACUAGGCCGCAGUGAUGUUGAAAGAAGGAGUUCACCAGCUCCUAGCCAAGCAUCAAUAUCCCAGUAUGAAGAAUUGGCAAUUGAUGUUGACCCACAAGAAUUACUAGAGGAAAUUCUAGAUGCAGAGGACACCUGUGAUGAAGAAAGAUUGGAAGGGUUGUUUUGUGGAGCAGUCAAAUAUCUCCACGGAAAUCGAUCCAAACCAGACCCAGCUGUCUAUCUCACUCUCAUGUAUCUGGCCAAAACAAAGGCCUCAAUGUUUAACAGUGAUGUUAUUAUUCAGGCUUUCUGUAGUCUUCUAAAGAGAGACAUGUCCCUGAAUUUUAAAUCCAAAGGAAACAGUUUGGUGUCAGUGUGUGCCUGCAGUAUUCUGAUGGCCGCCUUCUCCAAGGAAGAAAACUGGCCUGAUGAUUUUGUUAAGAUUUUUGUGGAGGAUUCUUUGGGAGAAAGGGUCUGGGUAGACAGGGCGGACUGUAAAGCUUUUGUAGAUAACAUCAUCACUGCCUUCAACACGAACCUUCCAGCCAAGUCUGCUGUGUCUGUGGAACAGUCAUCAGCUAAAGAACAAUCAGGCACUGCAAGUCCUGUUGUUGGAUUUUUGCAAGAUGAUGAUGACAAAGAUUCUGAAGUGAAGAUAUCAGCCUUAGUAGAGAUGGAAGCAGUGUCAGUAACAUCAAGGUAUCCAUAUCAGCAAGAAACCAUUGAGAUGACCAUACUGGAUGUCAUCAAAGAGCAGCUGAACAAGAGACAACCAAUGGAUGCCACCUCUAAGAAUUUGAUCCGCUUUAUGACCGCCACCUGUGGAUAUGGAGAAGUGAGAUUAUUAGCCUCACAGCGAUUGGAAAUGUGGUUACAAAAUCCCAAACUUGCCAGGCCCGCCCAGGAUCUGCUGAUGUCUGUCUGUAUGAACUGUAGCCAGCAUGACCAGAGAGACCUGGAAACCAUGGCCGUCCUCAUCAAGAUCAGAAUGAAAACCAAACCUCUUCUUAAUCACUUCAUCCAUUGUUUGAGAGAGUUGCUGGAUCAGCACCCAGAGAACAUCCGUAUGAUAAUGACUCACACUAUCUACAACGAGCUGUCCAACACAAAGAAUCCCAACAAUAUGGCCAUUAUUACCACCCUUUUCCAGAAGAAUGGAGAACAGUCUGCUAGGAUCCUAGCUGAUGUUUUCCAAGACCUGCUGGCAAAUAAAGAUGACUACCUGCGAGCUGUCCGUGGAUUGCUGCGCGAGAUCGUGAGAUCACUGAAGCAUGAUAUCAACGUUACAUCCUUCUGUCUGGGUCUGAUGCAGGAGAGGAUGGAGGCCAAGUUUAUGGAUCUGGAUCACAACCUCAGGGAGCGCUAUGUGACCUCCAUUGGAGAUCUGGUGACCUUGGCUAUAUUUCUGUGCAUCACUCCCCAAGUCAGGGAGGCUGCAGCAGCUUUAGCGAGAGGAGAGAAGAAAGAUUUGGGCACUCUGCACAGUUUUAGACAACAGGUGGCGCUUAUUCAGAGAGACUCUGUCUGGUGGCUCCACACCAUCGUACCUAAAAUUAUUGAGGUCAAACUCUCCGAAUAUGUCCACUGCCUUCACAAAGUUCUGUUUAUGGAGAGUCCUGACCAGUACUAUAACAAGGACAACUGGCCGCUGGAGGCAGACCGAAGUACAUUUCUACAUCUGGCCACUAAUGUGCCUGUUCUGGAGGACACGCUGAUGCGGGUCCUUGUGAUCGGACUGUCUCGAGAGUUACCGCUGGGCCAGGUGGAUGCCGUGGAGCUGGCGGAUCAGCUGGUCAAGAGAGCGGCCAGCCUCUGUCUGGACGGGCAGUUAGUUUUACAAAUGGAGAAGUUGGAGCUUGUUGAUGCUCUGUUGAACCUGUGUAGUUACAGGCACCCAACAGAUAUCACACUGCCUAAAGGGUACAAGCCACCCACCCUGGCUAUCUCCAAUCUCUACUGGAAAUCUUGGGUGAUACUGCUUAUACUAGCAGCCUUCAAUCCAGGCACAUUUGGACUAACUGGCUGGAAGAAUUACCCAACCUUGAAAUGUUUGAUGGAACAAGUUAUGACUGGUAACUAUUCCUUUCCACCACCCACAAUGGCAGAUGAGGAGCAAUCUGUGGAUGACAUCCGCAACAAAGAGAAACAGUUUACUCAGCAAGAGAGACAGCAGAUCCUGGAGUUUGAGACCCACCUUGCGGCAGCCACCAGUAAGGUGACCAUUACCGAGGCCAACAGUCUCCUGAUCUCCCAACUAACCACCAUGGACCCCAAUGGGAUUGCUCGUAACCCACCACCGGCUAUAACAGAGCAGCUGAAGCUCCUGAAUGACAACCUGAAGAUUGGACAGAUGCUGUGUAGAAGUCGACAGCCAGACUUCUUACUGGACAUAAUUCAGCGACAGGGUAGCUCUCAGUCUAUGUCCUGGCUGGCUGAGUUGGUGGAGUCCAGCGAGGGGUCCUUAGAGGUUCUACCUGUCCAGUGUUUGUGUGAAUUCCUCCUCCAUGACGAAGACACGACGGUGUUAGAGGAGGAUUCCAAACUAAUGGGGAAACACAAACAAAAACAGAAGCUGAAAAAGAGAGAGCAGCUACUGACCAGGCUGCAGGGGCUGGUCUGGGGAGAGAGUGAAAUGACUCCACAGGUCCUAGAUUAUUUCCUGAAGAGGCUUUCCUCAAACCAGGCUUCUAACAGGGCACUCGCCAUCAGGGGUUUAUCCAUGGUAAUAGCCAAAGAUGAGACAAUGGACACAGAUGACACCAUCCCCCACAAAUGGCUCUGUAAGGACCUUCCUCUGAUUCCAAUGUUUCCAAAGAUUUACCAACAAAUUACAGAGGCCCUCAGACAGGCGUGUCAGAUUGAGACUGACCCUGACCUUGUGAGUGCAUACAUCAUGUUUCUCUCCCAACAAACUGAGGACAAGAGCCUGCAUGACCUGGAUGAUAUUGCUCAGGACAUAGCCAGCCUGAUUGUGGACAGGACGACUGUGGUGAACCAUAUUCUGCCCCAGGAGGAGGGCGGGGACAAUGAGCUGGCCCACCUCACCCUAACAGCACUGUAUGCUCUCUACUUUAACUACCUGACCAAGGCCAAGAAACCGACCAAUGAGGCUUACUCCUGGUCUAACACCCAGGACCAGAUCUUGCUACAGUGGGAGGGAGGAGACUCAGCCACCAUGCAUGUGUUAGUCGUCCACGCCAUGAUUAUUCUUCUCACAUACGGACCUCCCAAUGGUGAGAGUGACUACCAGGAGCUACUGGACACUUGGUUCCCGGAAUCAGGUCAGCCUCCAUCCGCCUUCCUGCUGGACACCUCAGAGGAGGCACUUCUGCUCCCUGAUUGGUUGAAACUGCGAAUGAUCAGGUCAAGAGUUCAUCAGCUGGUUGAUGUGGCUUUACAAGACAUAGAACCAGCCCAGCUGCUUCUGUUUGUCCAGUCGUUCGGUAUCCCUGUGGCCAGCAUGAGUCGUUUGUUUACCUGUUUGGACAAGGCGGUCGGUGCUGACGCCGGUCUGAUAGAGGAGGCAGUGGAGGACAAGGCUUACAUGGCCCAGCUGAUAGAAAUCCAACACAUGAGGGGGGUUGUGGGCGGCGACAUCUUCUACAAGUUACUGACCAAAUCCCUGCCGCCCAAACCCGAAGUUUCUGAUGAAGAAAUGAAAGAGGCAGUGGAAGUUGACAAGAAAUGGUCUCAAAAAAUGGAGAGCUCCAAGAAAUCUUCCAUUCAAAAUGUUACAGAUUUGAUUGAGCAGAUCUUCAGUAAGGAGGAAGCAAAAACAAAAGACAUACAACAGCAGUAUCACAAGCUCCUGAUGGCUCUGUCUAGGUCAGAUACUUCUACAACUAUUGAAGUCACACAGGUUUUACUGGAGAUGCUGGGAGGCAGACAUGGAUCACAGUUUGCUCAGGCAUUCUCAGCCAAUCCCCAGAGCUGCUCCCUCCUGAAACUUCUGGUGUCAAAGAAAGCAGUUCUAGGGGGACUUUUAUACAAACUUAUGGAGACACUGUACAAUGAGGUCAAAGGUCAGCGAUGUAUGCUAACCUCCAUUGUCAAUCAGUAUCUUCUGUCCAAUAAACCCAAUAUACCUGAUCGCCGCCCCUCGUACAAGUCCAUGAAAUCUGUUGGGACUUCAAGUCAGGAAAUGUUGGAUGAUUUGAUUAAUCAAGUUCAGAAGGAUGAAAACAACAUGGAGAAGAUGAUAAAGGAAUGCAUGAAGGAACACACCAAGUCUGAGGACGGCAUGGCCACAGCAGAAAACGCUCACAAAACCCUGACGGCGGUGGCAUGUAAAGCCAUACUUAGAGACGAGGAACAGCCCAGUAAUACCAUGACCACUUCGCUGGCUCUGCUGUUUGUGGAUUGGCUGGAGCUGUUAGAUCCAGAACUUGUUGCUAUGGUACCAGACCUCCAGCAGCAGCUACUGUUUGCCCGGGAGAGGCUACAGGGCGCGCCCAGACAGAGCGUGGUCCACAGCAGCCAGCCCUACCUCCUAACCCUCCUGACCCACCAGAGCAGCUGGGCGUCCCUACGGAGGUGUGUCAACUGUCUGCUCCAGCCAUCCGAGGUCUCCAGGUUCAGUCCCAACGCUGUGCUUGAUUUCUUGUGGGCAUGUCUACAGAUCCCAAAGAUAUGGAGAGGCAGAGAAAGAAGAACUCCUAAAAACUAUACCCCAGAGAAUGUCCUUGGUUUGACCCCUGACCAUCUGAUAGCAUUGAUCAAAUUUAUUGUGGAGGAGUCCACCUUGUUGUUGCCUGAGGGUGAAGCAGGAGAUAAGAAGGUCUCCACAGAGAGGCAGAGCAGUAUCGCCAACAGAGUAGAUCUCCUGAUGGCAUGUAUCGCUGAAAAUCACAGCCAUCUUCACAAUGUAGUCACCUAUAUCAGAAAUAUUCCAAACACUAGCAAAGAUAAAAUGCUGUAUCAGCAGCUUCUGGUUGAGUUGUACUCGCAAUGUCCCAAGGUCAUCAACUGGCUCUCUGACCUUCAGGGCUCCAUCUUUGAUGGCCAACUCUCACAAUCAACAAUUACACAGGUUGACAUCGUUUCUCAUCGUCUGUUGACCUGUCUAGGACAGGCUGGUAAUGGUAAAACAGCAGAAGACAAAAUGUACGACGCCAAUAUUGCCUGUCGCAAGCUCGCCUCCCAGCAUCCCAUUCUUAUGUUAAGACAACUUCCUCUGAUAGCGGCUUUGCUGAAGGGUAAGACCCAGUUUACGUUUGGGGAGAUGCGGCACAAGAACUACCUGCUGCUGUUCACUCAUGUCCUGGGACUGAUGGAGACUCUACAGCCCCACAUAUACCGCCGCGAUUACUCUGCAAUGGCCGACAUCAUCGACUCCUACUUCUCUCUCAUUGGUACCCAUGGUAGGGGAAAACAACUAGGUCCCAUCAUCCACAAGUACAUUAAGUUCCUGUAUCAGUACACGAUCCAUGAGCCCCAGCAGUCCUCUCUCAUCCUACACAAAUAUGUCAACCUGCUCAGUGGUAUCUCCACCAUGUACCCUGAACUAACAGUGCUAAAAUCCCUGCUGGCCGGACUGACUCUGUCUCGGCAGGCAGACAGUAACCAAGGCAACAUGGUCCAGGCAGUAGGUCAGCCAAGGUCAACCUCGCCCUGGACUGUGGGUCAGCUGACCCCGUUCCUGGACAGGCUGCACACCUCCACUGACAGUGAGGAUAUUCUAGAAGUUUUGACAGAUCUCGAUGAAACUUCAAAAAGAAAGGUUGACAUAUUGGAACACUUUAUAGGUGAUCUGAAGAAGCUGCUGUUACACGGAUCUGACACACUGAGAAACACGGCCUACAGUCUGGUCAUGCGAUACAUCAGACACAACCCCCGGGCUUCUGAACAAUUUGUGGGGUGCUUCCUUCACUGCUUUGACAGUGUAAAUCCGGACAUCGUAACAAGUGCUUUGAAAAAUCUACCCGAGUUCUGUGUUCUAUGCCAAGAUCAUGCUGAUGAAAUUCUGCAAAAAUCCUUUGUUGUUGGAACCACUACGUCCAUAGAAACCAGUAGCUAUAUCAGCGAGACCUUACAGCUGCUCAACCUAGAGACAGUGCAGAUAUGAAUGGGAUGGCAAGACUUUACAUCUCAGCUGAUGAAGCAAAGGAGCCACUACCGCUGUAAAAAUCAGUGGCUGCAUCAAUGAGACCUCCCAGAUACUCAACCGAGAGACAGCAGAAGUGAAUGAGAAGGAAAACUCAUCUGCUGGUGAAACUUGCAAUGAAUUAGAUUAUGGAUACAAUUUUUGCUCUCUUUCUGUAAAAUUUCAUGAAUUUAUGAUGAUAUGAUUUACAUUGAAAGGUGAACAGUCAUGUCUUUUCAUUUUUUUUUCUGUAUUAAGUUGUUAAUGCAGAUGCAAGGUGCAUAUGACUUUUGUCAAUAAACUGUUUACAA